CCCGCCUACAACCCCGCCACCCUCGACAACGACCUCAUGCUCCUCAAGCUCAACCAACCCGUCCGAUUGGACCGCGCCGUCCGACCCCUCCCUCUGCCCCGCGCCUGCGCCCCGCCCGGGACCUCCUGCCUCGUUUCGGGCUGGGGCACCAUCACCACCCCCCAAG